GUGGAGGUGGCAGAAGAUCUUGUCUCACCAGCUAAGGCAAAUGUAUAUCUAAGGCAUCCUGAUUAUUUGGAAGAAAAACCACUUCAGAAGAGGGCAUAAUGGCUCAGGAUAUGAGUGAGAAGGAGCUAAAACAAAUGGAAUUAGAUCAACUGAAGAAGGAAGUGAAGCUUGAAAGACAAAUGAUCUCCAAGACAGCAAAAGAACUCAGAACCUUUAUAGAAACUAUGGCUGCAGAAGAUCCUUUAUUAAAAGGAGUUCCAGAGGACAAGAACCCAUUCAAGGAGAAGGGAGGUUGUACUAUAAGCUGACCCUGGCCCCACCCAAGAGAAGAUCUUUGCUGCUCUCUUUAUAUGCUACUUAGUACUGUAUGAAUUAGGUUUACC